CCGGAACACAUAGAGAUUGGAAGCCACGUUGACAACGAAGUGGUGUUUUGUUUCAUUCCAAAACCGGUGAAAUAACGGUAACUGCACCGGUGUGUCUGUCCAACGGCCAAAGGGGUUGAAAAUCGUACAGAAGGACAAGCCACUUCACCGGAAAGAUGAGUGUAGGAUUCAUCGGAGCCGGCCAGCUGGCUCACGCGCUGGUGAAAGGGUUCACAUCUGCGGGUGUAAUAGCUACUCAGAGAAUCAUAGCCAGUUCUCCAGAUACUGAUCUGCCUACUGUUGCUGGCCUGAGGAAAAUGGGUGCUAUCCUCACCACCAGUAACAAGGAGGUGGUGAACAAGAGCGAUGUCCUGUUCCUGGCAGUCAAACCCCACAUCAUCCCCUUUGUGCUGGAUGAGAUUGGACCAGACAUAGAGGACAGACACCUUAUAGUGUCCUGUGCUGCAGGAGUCACCAUCAGUUCUAUAGAGAAGAAGCUGCUUCAGUACCGUCCGUUCCCCAAGGUGAUGAGGUGUAUGACCAACACCCCCGUCGUGGUGAGAGAGGGAGCUACAGUCUACGCUACAGGAACACAUGCUGAGGUGGAGGAUGGUAAGUUGUUGGAACAGCUGAUGGCCAGUGUUGGGUUCUGUACAGAGGUGGAGGAGGACCUUAUCGAUGCAGUCACCGGCCUCAGUGGCAGCGGCCCCGCCUACGCGUUCACAGCUCUGGAUGCCCUCGCCGAUGGAGGGGUGAAGAUGGGUCUACCCAGGAGACUAGCGGUCAGACUGGGAGCUCAGGCACUACUGGGAGCAGCUAAGAUGUUGUUGGACUCUGAGCUGCACCCUGGCCAGCUGAAGGACAACGUGUGUUCCCCUGGGGGAGCCACCAUCCACGCCCUGCACGUGAUGGAGAGUGGUGGAUUCCGCAGUCUGCUCAUCAACGCCGUGGAGGCUUCUUGUAUCAGGACACGGGAGCUGCAGUUCCUAGCGGACCAGGAGCGCAUCUCCCCGGCAGCCAUUAAGAAGACCACCCUGGACAAGGUCCUGCAGCAGCCUGGGGUCAGCCAGGGGUCAGGGGUCAACGGCAAGCCAGGACUCAGCCUCAGGAGAAACCCCCCAGGACCUGUCAAGAAGAACAACUGAGAUGGAGACACACACACACCACCUAUAACACCAGGACUCAGCCUCAGGAGAAACCCCCCCCCCCUGGAUCUGUCAAGAAGAACAGCGAUAGAUGGACACACACACUCUCUCACAACAUUUGGAAAUGCAGCUUGCACAGACCCAUAGCCUUGUCUGACAGGGAGUCCGUGUACGCACACGUGAACAGAAAUGCAUGUACAACAUGCCGCCUGUCUACCUUGUCUUCAGUCUGUCUGAGGAUGUGUGUCUCCGCGGUGAUAACGACCCAAUGGGCCAAAACAUCAGUGAAUAUUUCAGAUAGAAAUGCAAUGCAUAGAGCUGACAUGAUUCCUUAUUCUGCAUGACAGGAAUGCAUAGAAUCUGUUCUUUGCAAUGCGUUUCCUUCUGAGCGUUUUCUUUUUAAUGUUGCCCCUGCAGCCGAAGCAGGAAACAGAUGGCUUCAGUGAUGGCUUUUUUUGCCUGAUGACUCAAACUGACUCUGUUCACUGCUCUGUACACUGCUCUGUACACUGCCCUGUUCACUGCCCUGUUCACUGCCCUGUUCACUGCCCUGUUCACUGCCCUGUUCACUGCCCUGUUCACUGCUCUGUUCACUG